GAGGACUCGCAGACUCGCGGCAGUGAGCACAGCGAGCCCGGCCCGCGAUCGCUUUCAUUCAGCCCGCGGAGAGACCCGCGCGCAGUCCCGUUAUCGUCCGCGAUAAGCGUAUUUACGAAUGGGACGAUACCGCGACUCCGGGAAGCUGGUAGCCCGCUGAUCCGGAAUAGAAGUCUGCCGUUGUUCGCUUCGCGGUUGGAGAAACUCGGGGCCCCGAGCCUGGCGGCUGCGAAUUUGCCGGUACUUGUACGAGGCUCGAAAAUGGCAGACACGAGCCAGCAGGCGUUAAGCGAGCCACACACGAACGGAGUGAUGGACGGUUUGACGGAAGAUGAAAAGAGCAAGAUGAGACCCGCCGAUAUCGAUGCGGAUAUGAGAGAAAUGGAGAGGAGAAAGAGGGUCGAGAUGAUGAUGAACUCGCGAAUCUUCCGGGAAGAGCUGGAACGUAUAAUUGAGACACAGAUGAGGGACGGUGCUGGACCCUCUGGUCUCCUGCAACAGAUCUCCGAUAUGAUGGGCGCACAGGGGGCCCGAUUCAACGGCAAUGUGUUCAAAAAUUCAAAUUGCGUCUUGCCCAUCAACGACAUACGCGGCGUGGAGAGCAUGGGAUACGCCAAGGGCGAGAAAUUGCUGCGGUGCAAGAUGGCAGCGGUGUUCAGACUGCUCGACCUCUACGGAUGGACGCAGGGCGUCGGCGGGCACAUCACCUCCCGCCUGAAUCAGGAUCAGGAGCACUUUCUGGUGAAUCCUUACGGGCUACUGUAUCACGAGGUCACCGCCUCGAGUUUGAUCAAGGUGGACAUGCAGGGCGCAAUUGUCGAGCAGGGGACGACGAACUUCGGCGUGCACGUCACUGGUUUCCAAUUACAUUCGACAAUGCACGCUGCGAGACCCGAUAUCAAGUGUAUUAUUCAUAUUACUACUCCGUCCGUUACCGCUGUUUCCUCCUUGAAGUGUGGAUUGUUACCAAUCGGUCAGGAGAGCAUAGUGAUAGGCGAAGUGAGCACCCAUCAGUACAUAGGAGGUUCCGUCGAGCCGGAGGAACGGGAGAAGAUCGCUAGAAACCUCGGGCCGAUCAAUAAGGUUAUGCUCCUGACGAAUCGCGGCGCCCUUUGCUGCGGAGAAACAGUCGAAGAGGCGUUCUUUAACGUUUACAAUACCGUAGUCGCCUGCGAAACGCAGCUGAAGCUAAUGCCCGCGGGCGUAGACAAUCUAAGCCUUAUCAGCGAAGAAUCGAAGAAAGCUAUAUUCGAAGCGUCACGAAAACCACCGAUCCCUCAGCAGCAGAGUUCAGCGGUGGAGUCGUCCGCUCUCGCGGAGAAACUCGAGAAACGCUGGAGAAUCGGCAGCGCCGAAUUCGAGGCCCUCAUGAGGAUGCUUGAUAACGCCGGAUUCCGUACGGGCUACAUAUAUAGGAAUCCACUUGUAAAGGGAGAACCCCCGAAACCGCGAAACGAUGUUGAGGUUCCACCGGCCGUGUCGUCCCUAGGAUACCUGCUCGAAGAGGAGGAAUUGUAUAAGCAAGGGCUGUGGAAGGGCGGACGCAAAGGUACGGACAGAUCCCGUUGGUUAAAUUCGCCAAAUGUUUACCAGAAGGUUGAGAUCCUGGAAACUGGAACACCCGAUCCUAAAAAGAUCACCAAGUGGGUGUCUGAUGGAUCUCCUACCCAUAGCAGCACACCAGUCAAGAUAGACGGUGCUCUUCAGUUUGUUCCGAAAAAUACCAACCCAAAGGAGUUCAAACAAUUACAACAGCAGAUUAAAGAUUAUCGACGGGCAGAGAAAAUAUCGGCUGGCCCGCAAUCCCAUAUACUGGAAGGUGUAUCAUGGGAGGAAGCUAAGAAAAUGCAGGACGCGACUAUUAGUGGUACCGGAGAACAAGUAGUUUUAGUAGGAGCCGCUAGCAAGGGUAUUAUACAACGUGGUUUCCAACACAAUGCGAUGGUGUACAAGACACCUUAUGCCAAAAAUCCUUUCGACGCCGUCACGGAUCAAGAAUUGGACCAGUACAAGAGAGAAGUCGAACGCAAACAGAAGGGAGAUCCUUACGAUGAGUCACAAUCAGAAUCCGAGGCCUUGUCGUCCUUUAACAUCAGUCGUGCGACGCAUGAAUCCAGCACUGCCAAGAGUCCUAUUCAGUCACCGGUUUCUGUUACUUCGGAAACGGAGGAGGAGAGUAGAGACGAACCCCGAGUAUUGCGAAUAGAAACGAAACAAGUGCCUGCGCCGAGUCAACCCGAAGUUGUGUUAAGCGAUGUGAAUGAUGCUACUACAAAGUACCUUAAUGAGAUGCGCUACAGCAUGACUGAGCGACAAAGCGGUUACAAAGGAGAUUACGAACUAGUCAGCAAUUGCGGCAGCACGAGCAGCGAAUGUACGCAAACGUACUUCGGCCGGCGGCUUCUCGAACGUCCUUACGAUAGCCUCCACUUGGAGAACGUUAGAACCUCGACGACCGCCGAACUAAAGAAACCUCUUCUAAUCACGAAAACGCUCGUUAACAGUCAAGACCAGAUCAAGCCGAGAGCGUUCUUUCACGACAAGGCUCUCCUAAAGUCGCGCUACGAGGCGAGGCGGAAAUUUUUCGAACAUCUCGAACGUCAAAGGAGUUUAGCGGCGGACCCGGUCGCAUGGACGGAGGCGACGAGUCCGAAGAUUGUCGGGUCAACGUUUGAACAAAAUCCCGCGGUGGGUUCGAGUGAAAAUCCGCAUGUUCAUCUUGAAAAAUUGAUUGACGCGAGUACGAAGGAACACGCCGAGAAUCCGAACGGCGAGACACGAUCGAGCAACGAAAUCGCGGAACAUUCCGUGGAGUGGACGAGCAUCGCGCAGCCGAGUUUCGUUAAACAUGUUCAGGUGGAGGAGACGAGUCCGAGUUCGCGUAAUAUUGUGUCCUGCACGAACGCCGACAGUCAGACAGAGGAGGAAAUGGAACGUGAAAGGACUGAAUGUCCAACGGUCGAGACGACCGUUUCUAUAAAAACGGAGUCUUCAACACCUCGUGGAAAUAGAUCGGACUCUGUGGCCGGCACGAAUGACGAACCGCAACGGCAUAUAUUGGCAGCAACAACGGCGACGAAUACGGAAGCGACACUUGCGCGCAGCUGCGCUGAAGCAUUUCAGCGUGAUAAGAGAGAUAACGAGGAAGACUCGCGACUGCCGAGCUAUUUCUCUUUCAACAAUGAAUGGACCAUCGAUUCUUACAUGUAUGAGUGCGGCGAAGAUAAAGAGGCAUCGGCAGAUAGGGAAAUGAACGGGGAGUUGAAAUCGACGGUGGAGCUGAGGAAACAAAGCGUUCGGUCUUGGCUCAAAAGCUCCACGUGCGAGAACAGCUGGCCGAAUAGCCCGGAGGUCGACCCGUACGAAUCAUAUUGCAACGAUAUCACAAAGAUUGUCGAGAGCAUCGACGUGAAUAUCGCCUCGUCGAGGACGGAGCUGGACGCGUUGCCCGACACGGACACCUGUGUCAAGUACAAUCUUGACUCGACGAAUAUGAGCCUCAUUUACAGCCUGACUCCACCGGCGGCUGUUGACCAAGACGAGAGCUGCAACGACGAUACUUCGUGCGAUUUGGCGGAACGCUCGUCGGAGUGGCAGUCCGAUUCAACGAGAAGCCACAACGACGAGCCGUUGAGCGAUUACAUAUGGAUAGAACCGACGACGAAGACGGAGGUCGUCGGGUCCACGCAAAAUCGCAGGUCGUCGAGCAAAAGCAGCAGCCACGCGGAGAUGGAUCAGCCGUCCAUAUCCGAGAGCCACUCGGCAAGCGGUUCCGACAUACUAGAGCUGCCUAGCCGCACGAUCCGCGAACUUAAGGACAUCGACGGCGAGGUCUUCCUCAACGGGAUCAACGAAUCCGCCAACGAGAUCAUCGCCGAUCUCAACGCAUCCGAUGAAGCGCCGUUGAACGACUCUGUGGAAAUCGCUCGGCAGAUCAUCGCCGAAAUUAUCGAGUCCAUUUACGUACUGCUGCAUUUAGAUUCCUCGAUUUACGACCUCAGCAUCGUGAGAGAAAUCAUCCACAACUUGAUCGACAGUUACCAUCACGAGUGCUCGCUCGUGGGAUGUGCCGAUCGAGAGUGCGUGUCCGAUUUCUUCAAGACGGUCGACAAUGACGUUGACAAUAUUUGUCGUAUCAAAGGCUUUCUGGGGAAUCUGUCGUCGGACGUUGACGAUUGCGAUAAUCGGGAUUAUGAAAUGGAGGUACACGAGACGGAGGGUAGCGAAUCCCCCGCCGUGAUCGAGUUUUGCACCGUGGCGAAGAAGUUGCCGGUCGUCGCCAUCGAUAAUGGUGCUUUGGAGUUGAACUUUCGCGUCGUCAAAGUCUCGACAGACGAGUAUGCGGAGGUGUCGCCGGGCGUCCAUCUUCACCUGUUCGACAGAGGCUCGGUCGACGAUGAUCGCGGUAAAGCCAGGGACGGCAGAAGCGUAGCCGUGAUAAAAUCAGAGAUGGAAACGUGGCCGUGCGAUCAAUGCUCCUACUGCCGCGAAGAGGAGUCGAUGAGGGAGAAACUGAGUUGCCUGACGCCUAUAAGCGAGGAGCCGGACGAUGCUUCGCGCCCGCCGGACGAGGUCGUCCAUUCCGUCGCACCCGCUUUAAAAAAUCCUGUCGACGAGCAGUCGCGUCACUUGGAGGAUAUCAGCGAAGAGAGCGCGGCGAUAAAUUCCGCGAGGAAGCCCGUUUCCCUCGACGACACCUACACGAUCUCCGAAAUUCUCUCGGAUGACACGAACGAUCUUGAGGAACGGUGCGACGUUUGGGACUCCUCCAUAGAUUGCAUGUCGUAUUCGUACGAGACCAAAGAGUUCAUGCGCCUGGAGAAAGCCCUCGCGGACAACUCGCGAUUGAGCGCGUAACGCUCUGCUCGUCUUUCAGAAAGACGGCGUUAUGUCGUAUCUUAAUUCAUGAUUGUACAAUUGAAUCGCCAAAGAGUAUCGUUUUUCCCGGUGAGAAGGGCGAAACAUGUUUGACGAUUGACUCGUCAAUACAUGCGACCGUGUCGCAACAGCGUGUUGCUCUCACAUUUCUUUCUCUUAAUAUUCACGUGUGCGAGGAGCAUACAAUGUCGAAUGGUUUGCACGCCAGACCUUGCAUGCUACUUUGUGCACGUUUACUUAGCCCGUUUAACGCGCCGAUUUUCUGUACAUUUCCAGAAAAAAUGACAAAGACCUGUUCUGUAUGAGUACGCGCGCGUUAGAUGCUAAGAGACUUGCGUUAUUUUAGUAUCUGUUAAGUUUUGAUGAUUCUAUUUUUUUCUCAUAGCUUUUAUAACUUUACCGUUCCUUCGUGAACGAACCCUUGGUCUUUCCCUGCACGAUCGACUUUAACCAUAUCUGAAUCGAAAAUGAAAAUUUGACAAUUUCUUACGUGCAGAUUAACAUUGACAUUCUCGAAGUCUUAACGUUGUUUUCUAGUGUUUUGCUUUUCCGCCUAUUCUUUUUGUUUUUUCUUUUUAUUUUUGUCAAGUUAUGACCAACGUACUUGCUAUUAAAGACGAAGGAUAUUGUUGUUUCAUGCAAUGCACUAAUUUUAACGUUGUACUUAAUUUUUUUGAAUGCGACAAUAAGUUUAAUUGAUUGUUACAUUAUAUGAUACGCACUUACGCCAUUUCCUACUUACGCUAUUGUAACCAAGUUAACUUACAAAUGUUUAUAUAAUUCAUUUAUACAUUUUCUAAUAUCUACCGCAACAGCCUCAAGGUGUUUGAUGAUAUAAAAGUUUGCACAUUA